CACACGUUUCGUUCCCCCGCCGUCAUCGCGGGGCUCCGCCCGUCGCCGCCGGCGACUCGGCUCCCGCAAGAAGCCUACUCCUAACCGCAACUUCGGUGCCCUCCACGACUUCCAAGUCGCGAGAUGCGGCGGCGGCGCCUCCCGCGGCCUACGUGGCCGCGCCCCCACCUCCGCUUCCGCCGCGCCGACGUGUCAGCGUCCCAUCCACUCCCCGUUCCUCCUAUUACUUGUCUCCGCCGGCAACUGUUCGCCCCCCACUAAAUCCGCGGGCCGUUUCCUCUCGAGGGGUGAUCAUGGCGGCGCAGGGAUCCCUAGUCGCGUGGAGGGUGGUGUUCGCGGCGCUGGGAUUGCUGAUGGUGGGCACGCUGGUGUACACCUGCGCCACCGACGGCUCGCCUUUCCGCCCCGAGCUGCUUACGCCGUGGAUGAAUGCAACACUGAUUGAUUUCUAUGUGAAUGUAAUUGCAAUUGCGGCGUGGGUUAUCUACAAGGAAGCAAACUGGAUUAGUUCUGCCGUGUGGGUGGUUCUGUUGUUUUGCUUUGGCAGUGCUGCUACUUGUGCUUAUAUUGUUACAAAGCUUUUUGAAGUGACACCUGGAGGGCCAUCUCACGAUCCACUUGAUCUUCUGUUUAUCAGGCAGGGUAAUCUGUCCCAAAGAAAGUGCUCUUAUGUCAUAAUUGGAAGGAUUAUGUUCAGCAUUUUGGGGAUAUUCAUGGCUGCCGUUGUCACAUAUACUGUCAUCACUGAUGGACUUCCUUUUAGGAAGGAAUUAUUGACACCGUGGAUGGCGGCAACCUUAAUUGAUUUCUACAUAAAUGUCUUUGCAAUAUCGGUUUGGGUUGCUCACAAGGAAUCGUCUUGGAUAUCAACUACCAUUUGGAUUGUCUUGUUGAUAUGCUUUGGAAGCAUCACAACAUGCGGCUACAUUGCUCUCCAACUUUUCCAAGUAUCAUAUCAAGAUCCAAUCUACCACGUGCUAUUGAACUCUCACAGCAAGUAUGGAACUGCGACUUCCUUGUAAUCCUUCAUCUUCUAUGAGCCUGGAAGAUUUGAAAAUUUAUUGAAGUGAUAUGUUCAGACUGGCUCAUGAUAAUACAAAUGUUCCCUACUAUCUAUAUGUAAAGUUACUUCUGCAAAAUGAACUGAAAGCUGAAGCUCUUUUAUUGUACUUCUGAUCCAAUUGCAUGGACAAUGAUCCUUUUUUUUUUUGUCACCCUUGUGAUAAUCCUGAACUGUUUGAUGCAAACAAUUUCCGAAAUCAAGCGAUCUUAUUUGUAGGGGUGCAAUGGGCACUUCA